AUGGACGUGGACAUGGACGUGGACAUGGACGUGGACGUGGACGUGGACGUGGACAUGGACGUGGACGUAGACGUAGACGUGGACGUGGACGUGGACAUGGACGUGGACGUGGACGUGGACGUGGACGUGGAGGACGUGGACGUGGACGGGGACGUGGACGUGGACGUGGACGUGGAGAACUUGGACGUGGACAUGGACGUGAACGUGGACGUGGACGUGGACGUGGAGGACUUGGACGUGGACAUGGACGUGGACGUGGAGUGGACGUGGACGUGGACGUGGACUGGACGUGGAGUGGACGUGGACGUGGACAUGGACGUGGACGUGGACGUGGACGUGGACGUGGACGUGGAGAACUUGCACGUGGACAUGGACGUGAACGUGGACGUGGACGUGGACGUGGAGGACUUGGACGUGGACAUGGACGACGUGGACGUGGACGUAGACGUGGACGUGGAGAACUUGGACGUGGACAUGGACGUGAACGUGGACGUGGACGUGGACGUGGAGGACUUGGACGUGGACAUGGACGUGGACGUGGACGUGGACUUGGACGUGGACGUGGACGUGGACGUGGACGUGGACGUGGACAUGGAUGUGGACGUAUACGUGGACGUGGACGUGGACAUGGACCUGGACAUGGACGUGGACGUGGACGUGGACAUGGACGUGGACGUGGACAUGGUCGUGGACGUGGACGUGGACGUGGAUGUGGACAUGGACGUGGACGACGUGGAUGUGGACGUGGAGGACGUGGACGUGGACGUGGACGUGGACGUGGACGUGGACGUGGACGUGGAGAACUUGGACGUGGACAUGGACGUGAACGUGGACGUGGACGUGGACGUGGAGGACUUGGACGUGGACAUGGACGUGGACGUGGACGUGAACGUGGACAUGGACGUGGACAUGGACGUGGACGUGGACGUGGACAUGGACGUGGACAUGGACGUGGACGUGGACGUGGACGUGGACGUGGAGUGGACGUGGAGUGGACGUGGACGUGGACGUGGACGUGGACGUGGACGUGGAGUGGACGUGGACGUGGACGUGGACGUGGACGUGGACGUGGACGUGGAGGACGUGGACGUGGACGUGGACGUGGACGUGGAGAACUUGGACGUGGACAUGGACGUGAACGUGGACGUGGACGUGGACGUGGAGGACUUGGACGUGGACAUGGACGUGGACGUGGACAUGGACGUGGACGUGGACGUGGACGUGGACGUGGACAUGGACGUGGACGUGGACGUGGACGUGGACGUGGACAUGGACCUGGACAUGGACGUAGACGUGGACGUGGACAUGGACGUGGACGUGGACAUGGUCGUGGACGUGGACGUGGACGUGGACAUGGACGUGGACGACGUGGAGAACUUGGACGUGGACAUGGACGUGAAUGUGGACCUGGACGUGGACAUGGACGUGGACGUGGACGUGGACGUGGACGUGGACGUGGACGUGGACGUGGACGUGGAGGUGGACGUGGACGUGGAGGUGGACGUGGACGUGGACGUGGACGUGGACGUGGACGUGGACGUGGACGUGGACGUGGACAUGGACGUGGACCUGGACGUGGACAAGGACGUGGACGUGGACAUGGACGUGGACGUAGACGUAGAAGUGGACGUGGACGUGGACAUGGACGUGGACGUGGACGUGGACGUGGACGUGGAGGACGUGGACGUGGACGUGGACGUGAACGUGGACGUGGACGUGGACGUGGAGGACUUGGACGUGGACAUGGACGUGGACGUGGACGUGGACGUGGACGUGGACAUGGACGUGGACAUGGACGUGGACGUGGACAUGGACGUGGACGUGGACGUGGACGUGGACAUGGACGUGGACAUGGACGUGGACGUGGACGUGGACAUGGACGUGGACAUGGACGUGGACGUGGACGUGACGUGGAGUGGACGUGGAGUGGACGUGGACGUGGACAUGGACGUGGACGUGGACGUGGACGUGGAUGUGGACGUGGAGAACUUGGACGUGGACAUGGACGUAAACGUGGACGUGGACGUGGACGUGGAGGACUUGGACGUGGACAUGGACGUGGACGUGGACGUGGACGUGGACGUGGACGUGGACAUGGACGUGGACGUGGACGUGGACGUAGACGUGGACAUGGACCUGGACAUGGACGUGGACGUGGACGUGGACGUGGACAUGGACAUGGACGUGGACAUGGUCGUGGACGUGGACGUGGACGUGGACGUGGACAUGGACGUGGACGUGGACGUGGAGUGGGACGUGGAGGUGGACGUGGACGUGGAGGUGGACGUGGACGUGGAGGUGGACGUGGACGUGGACGUGGACGUGGACCUGGACGUGGACGUGGACAUGGACGUGGACAUGGACGUGGACGUGGACGUGGACGUGGACAUGGACGUGGACGUAGACGUAGACGUGGACGUGGACGUGGACAUGGACGUGGACGUGGACGUGGACGUGGACGUGGAGGACGUGGACGUGGACGUGGACGUGGACGUGGAGAACUUGGACGUGGACAUGGACGUGAACGUGGACGUGGACGUGGACGUGGAGGACUUGGACGUGGACAUGGACGUGGACGUGGACGUGGACGUGGACGUGGACAUGGAGGUGGACGUGGACGUGGACGUGGACGUGGACGUGGACGUGGAGGUGGACGUGGACAUGGACGUGGACAUGGACGUGGAGUGGACGUGGACGUGGACGUGGACGUGGAGUGGACGUGGACGUGGAGUGGACGUGGACGUGGACGUGGACGAGGACGUGGACGAGGACGUGGACAUGGACGUGGACGUGGACGUGGACGUGGAGGACGUGGACGUGGACGUGGACGUGGACGUGGAGAACUUGGACGUGGACAUGGACGUGAACGUGGACGUGGACGUGGACGUGGAGGACUUGGACAUGGACAUGGACGUGGACGUGGACGUGGACAUGGACGUGAACGUGGACGUGGACGUGGACGUGGACGUGGACAUCGACGUGGACGUGGACGUGGACGUGGACGUGGACAUGGACCUGGACAUGGACGUGGACGUGGACGUGGACAUGGACGUGGACCUGGACAUGGUCGUGGACGUGGACGUGGACGUGGACGUUGAGGUGGACAUGGACGUGGACGUGAACAAGACGUGGACGUGA